CAACAAAGAGGGUUAUCUUCUUGUUUUCCGGAAGCAAGACAGUAAAAAAGGUCCGGCCCAUUUAGAAGUCAAUUCACCUCUAGCUCCAUUUCAAGAUGUCAACAGGCGCCGAAGAGCCAUCAAGCACAGUUCCAGACUUGGGUGCAGAAUUAGCUACGUCAGCUAGAUCUAGAUCUGUUUCAUCAACAGGCACCUCAUCCACAAUCAGAAAGAGAGCGAAAGCAGAAGCGGCACGUGCACGGCUCAAGUUUGCAGAGCAAGAAGUAGAACUGAAGAAACAACAGGCAAUUUUGGAGGAACAAAACGUGAUCAGAGCUGCAGAAAGAAACAGACAAAAAGCUGAAUUAGAAGCAGAGCUUGAGCUGUUAAUGGAAAGGAAAUCUCACGCUGCAGCAGAGGCCGAAGCGCAGGUACUCGAAGACGAAGAAAUACAGUUGUUUCCCCAUAGAAGACGACCAGAAUCCCCCGGUCUACCCAUAGAAAGUGCUGUAAAUCGCACAGCAGCCUUCGUAGAGAGACACUCGGCAGCAACCAUACACACCCAACAAUCAGAUACAAGACAAGAACAAAGUGUGUCAGCAGUGACGGCACCUCAGUUUUUAGAAAUUGCGCGUAGACCAGAACCCGUUCCAUCAGCAGUCACCAGUACUGAAGUACCACAAUUACCAAGAGUCUUACCAGAACAGUUGAAUCCGAAUGCCUCUGAAUUCACACCAGCUACUGAAAAUGGCAGAGAAAUGACAGGGAUAAUGAAUUAUCUACUGAAGAAGGAGUUGCUCCUCACUCGAUUAACUACAUUUCAAGAAACCCCAGAGACAUAUGCUUCAUGGAAAGAAAGUUUUGUUAGUAUGAAGAAAGAUUUAGCACUGUCAGCAUCAGAAGAGGUAGACUUACUCAUCAGAUGGCUGGGUCCCACCAGCAGAAAGCAUGCAAUUAGUAUUAAAACAGCAAAUCCAAGUCAACCUCAGAAAGCAGUCAAAGAGAUUUGGGAAAGAUUGGAGGAAAGAUACGGUAGCCCAGAGCUAAUAGAAUCUGUCCUGAGGAAGAAAAUAGACAUGUUUCCUAAACUGACGUCAAAGGAUACACUGAAACUGUAUGAACUUUUAGAUCUCCUGUCAGAGAUUCAGGCCUUUAAGGAAGAUGAAUUGUGUGGGUUGACCCUGUCCUAUCUUGACUCAGCGGUAGGAAUAAACCCAAUAGUAGCCAAGUUAACUCAGGACCAACAGAACAAGUGGACAUCUCAUGCCGUGAAAUACAAAGAGAACAACAGAGUCCAUUACCCUCCAUUCCCUGAAUUCGUCAAAUUCAUUAAGAAGCUGAGCCAAACAAAGAACAAUCCUUGUUUUCAGUAUGACUUUACACACAAUACUUCUAUUAAAGACAGACCAAAGGAAAGAAACAUGAUAACAAGCAGGAAGACUGAUGUCGCUCAAAAGGAAGAGUGCCCACUGCAUGGCACAAACCAUGAACUCAGGGAAUGCAGAGUGUUUGGUCAGAAAAGCCCGAAUGAGCAGAAGUGUAUUAUGAGGAAAUAUGGCUAUUGUUUUGGUUGCUGUCGUAAGGGCCACAUUCAGUCAUCUUGUGGAGAGAAAACAUUUCCUUCCCAAACCAAUUUCCCAGUAAAAGGUGCCCCGAGUGGUAUUCCAGAAAGAAGAAACAAUGCUGAGAGAAGAAACAACGUUUCCACAGAUGAAGGUGUUGCCCCAAGAGCGAAUGGCGGGGAGGUGAUUACUAAAUGUACUGCAUUGUGUGAAGAAGGAUUCGUUGGACGGUCAUGUGCUAAAAAUGUUUUAGUGAGGGUAUUUCCCAAAGGCCGACCAGAAGAGGCUGUUGCAGUUUAUGCUGUCCAUGAUGAUCAGAGUAACAAGUCCUUAGGAACCCCAGCUCUUUUUGACCAGCUGCAGAUCUCAGGAGGGUUGCGUAGUUAUUCAUUGUCUUCAUGCUCAGGGACCACUCACAUAUCAGCAAGGCAUGCUGUGGACCUCAUUGUUGAGUCUUAUGAUGGUACUCAGUCCUUUGUGCUUCCCGAAAUAAUUGAGUGUGACAUUCCUAAGAAUCGUUCUGAAAUCCCUACUCCGGAAGUGGCUAUGCAGUAUGAUCACCUGAGUUCUUUAUCAGAGAAGAUUCCACCCUUGAACCCCAAAGCUGAAAUCGGUCUGCUCAUAGGCAGAGAUCUAAUUGAAGCACAUCAUGUUCAAGAUCAACUCCUGGGUUCUAAGAAUCAUCCAUUUGGCCAGAAACUACCACUCGGAUGGGUAAUCAUUGGUGAAGUCUGCCUUGGAAAAGUACAUCAGCCAAAGAGGAUAUCCGCCUUCAAGACCAACAUCAUGAACGACGGGCGCCCUACAAACUUUCUACCUUGUCCCAGUGCAAUACUCUUGAAAGAAGAAAAUCAGAUUGGUUCUGAUGUUUUCAAAAUUACAGCCCAAGAUGAUCGCGUUAGUUUGUCAACAGAGGACAGGGAAUUUCUUGACAUUAUGAAUGAAUCCAUGCGAAAUGACAAGGAUCAGUGGAUGGCUCCUCUCCCAUUCAAACACCCAAGACAGAGAAUGCCGAAUAACAGGUCACAAGUCUUUGGCAGGGCAAAAUCAUUUGACGCAGCAUUAAAGAAAGACGAACGUAAACUUCAGCAUAUGGUCGAAUUCAUGGAGAACAUAUUCGAUACUCAAGCUGCGGAAGUAGCCCCCGAGCUUCCACCUGGAAAGGAAGUCUGGUACCUUCCUCUUUUUGCCAUAUACCAUCCUAGAAAACCUGAUAAAGUGAGAGGAGUGUUUGAUUCUUCAGUCAAGUAUGAAGGGUACUCUUUGAAUGAGAAUCUACUCACUGGACCAAACCAAACCAACAGUUUAUUGGGAGUACUUUUAAGAUUUCGGAAAGACAGAAUCGCAGUCACAGCAGAUAUCCAACAGAUGUUUUACUCCUUUCUAGUAAAUGAAGAACACAGAGACUUCCUACGAUUCUUCUGGUACAGAGAUAAUGACCCGAAGAAAGAGAUAAUUGAAUACCGAAUGAGAGUCCAUGUAUUUGGGAACACUCCGUCACCUGCCGUAGCCACUUACGGCCUUAGGAAAGCAGUGGAACAUGCUGAUGAAGAUGUGAAACAUUUUGUCACCAAGAACUUUUAUGUAGAUGAUGCCCUCAUCACAGGAUCAGACUCGGAAAGCCUCACAGACCUAGUGAAAAGAACCCAGAAGGUUUUGUGGGAAAAUGGAAGAAUCCGGUUACAUAAAAUCGCUUCCAAUUCUCCAGACGUAGUGAAUGCCUUCCCAACAGAAGACCGAGAGAAAACACUCAUGAAUCUUGACCUAUUUACAGAAGAGCUUCCUACUCAAGCAUCUCUUGGAAUUUCAUGGAAUAUGGAUAAGGAUUGUUUUGGUUUCAGCCUUUUCAUUCCUGAGAGACCAUUUACCAAACGUGGGAUUCUAUCAACCAUCAACAGUAUUUUUGAUCCUCUUGGCUUCCUAUCUCCAGUGACAGUUACCGGGAAAAUGCUAGCAAGAGAGAUGCAUGUCGAAGCUGUUGGAUGGGAUGACCCUUUGCCAGAACACCUUUGUCACCAGUGGGAAUCUUGGAAAAGUUCACUUUUCUCCUUGAGAGAAUUCCGUGUUCCAAGGAUGAUUACUGCAGUGGAUUUCAGUUUAGCAGAUUCCCUGGAGGUAUGGAUAUUCUCAGAUGCCUCCGAACGUGCCAUAUCAGCAGUUGCCUACUUGAAAGCUCGUAGUGAUACCUCCACAGAAGUAGGUUUUAUCAUGGGAAAGUCCAAACUAUCACCACCAGGUGGUGUGACCAUACCACGUUUAGAACUUUGUGCAGCUGUCUUAGCAACAGAGCUUGCAGAUACAAUAUCUGAACACCUUGACCUUCCGAUGGAAACAUUCAAGUAUUGCACAGAUAGUAGAGUCGUUCUCGGUUAUCUCUAUAACCGAACCAGACGGUUCUACACAUAUGUCAGCAACCGUGUAGCUACAAUAUUGAAACGGUCCAAGGCGUCUCAGUGGCAGUAUAUCCCCUCAGAGAAAAACCCAGCCGAUUGCGGCACAAGAUGCAAUACCCCAGUUCAGGAUUUUUCAAGUAGUAAGUGGAUUACAGGGCCAGAUUUCUUGAAAGAUGUUGUCACAGCAACAGUUGGUGAAAACUGUAACUUUGACCUAGUUGACGAAGAUGCAGAUUGUGAAAUACGUCCAACAAUCAAUGUGAAGGCUACAGUAUUGUUAAGAAGCAUUGCUGCUAGGUUUGAAAAGUUUUCAACAUGGAAAUCUCUUGUCAGGGCAAUUUCUCUCUUGAAGAGGUUUUGCAGAGCCUGGAAGGAAAAGAAGCAAAUGUCUCCUAAAGACCCUAGUGAUACCGAAGCUACGGAGAUGUUCCUAAUAAAGAAAGCACAGGAAGAUGCCUUCAAAGAAGAAAUUAGCAUGGUGGAAAAGAAAGCCGGUGUACCUGCAGACAGCAAAUUGACAACACUAUCACCAGUACUAGAUGACCAACACAUUCUGCGUGUUGGAGGACGCCUGAGCAAUGCGCCUUUGGAGAAAGGUCAAAAGCAUCCGAUUAUUAUCCCGAAGAAAUCUCACAUAGCAAACUUACUUGUGAAUCACUACCAUUCAAUUUCUCAUCACCAAGGAAGACAUGUGACAGAGUCAGCACUUCGCUCCAAGGGAUUUUGGAUAAUUGGAGCAAAAAGACUAAUUUCUUCAAUCUUGUACAAGUGAGAACAAGAGGUGGUCAGGCUGAAAGUAAAAGGUGGGCCCUGAUUUUUGGUUGUUUAGUUACCAGGGCAGUGCACAUAGAAGUUAUAGAAGAAAUGAGUUCUUCGUCCUUCAUCAAUGCACUUAGACGUUUCGUAGCCAUCCGUGGACCAGUGAAAAUGAUCAGAUCGGAUCGUGGCACAAAUUUCAUAGGUGCUCUGGAUCAGAUUAAAGCCACAGGUAUCUUUGUUGAAAAUGGUCCAGUGCAAGAAAGCCUUCAUGACAUGGGAAUUGUGUGGAAGUUUAAUCCCCCGCAUGCAUCACACAUGGGUGGAGCCUGGGAACGUCUUAUUGGUCUCGCCAGAAGAAUACUCGAUGCUAUGUUUUUAACCAGCCAUACCCAAAAGCUUACUCAUGAAGUUCUAGUUACUUUUAUGUGUGAAGUUAGUGCUGUCAUUAAUUCUCGACCUGUGGCUCCCAUUUCCUAUGAUCCAGAGGACCCAGAAAUCAUCACGCCAGCAAUGUUGCUUACACAGAAGAAGGAGCCAUUACCUACCCCAACCACAUCAACAGAUAUGAGAGAAAUAUACCAGUCACAAUGGAAGUAUGUGCAGAUCCUUUCUAAUACGUUCUGGAAGCGAUGGAGAGAUGGUUAUCUCCAGUCAUUACAAAAGCGAGGGAAAUGGACAGCUUCGCAGAAAGACUUGAAAAUCGGUGACAUUGUGCUGCUCAGAGACUGUGAGUUACAUCGAGGCAGUUGGCCAAUAGGAGUAGUAGAAAAUGUUUUUCCCAGUGGAUGUGACAGUAAAGUCAGAACUGUGGAGGUCAGAACAGUGAAAGAUGGAAAAUCUGUGAAAUAUGUCAGACCAAUAUGUGAACUUAUUCUUUUGAUUGACAGUUGGUAAAGUUGCGAACAUGUAGGAGGGAUUUAAUAGCAAAACACUACAAAUUUAGUGGCUAAGUUAGGACUAAAUUUAGUAUAUGUUGUGCAUUCUAUUUUAUAGUUGACUUUUAUUGUAGUAGUUAAAUAGUGAUAUCAAUCAGAUAUCAGGCGAGGAGUGUGUUGUUACGGGCCUUCGUAUUUGACCUAGUUUUUCAUGUCGAGGCUCCAUGCUCGCUCAUCAGCAGCCGCUAGUGAACUGUUCAGAGUUUUUUCUAAAGAUAGGCCACGCACACCUUUUUUACCACAUUCCUUUGUUGGAAAUAAAGAUAGCUGUAUCAAACAACAAAGAGGGUUAUCUUCUUGUUUUCCGGAAGCAAG